AUGCCGCCAGCCUCAGCCUCAGCAAGCUAUACCUACUUCAACGACCCGUUCAUCUCGGCCCUUGAUGCAGCCUCUCCAGUCAACGCCCGUGAUGACCCAAACUACUACUCACGCUAUCCACGCUCGCUCAUAACCACCUCAAACCUCCAUACGUUCAUGAAUGGUACUGGAUCCGCGGUGUACGACUCACUGGCCCCUUUACUGGAAUCAACGAACCACGAACUCAUCCUCGUAACCUGCUUCUGGGCGCGGUCCGCAUCGCUUGAAAGGCUCAAUCAAAUCCUGCGUACACUAUCUGAGAAGGCCAUAACGAGGGGGACAGAGAAGAUCCGCGUGCGGCUGUGCUUUUCAAGUUCAUCGUUGUUUCAAAAAUUAUUCCACAAGCAAUCCGUCACCGGACAACCAUACCCGCCUUCAGUAUGGACGAAAUCACUUGGCCUCCCUGAUCCCAGAGAGCUCGGUGGUCUGGACAUACGAAUCAAGUCUAUAUUUCUCUUGCCGUUCAGCGUCAUGCAUCCCAAGUUUAUGAUCAUUGACCGGAAAACAGCGAUAUUGCCAAGUUGCAAUAUUAGUUGGGAAGAGUGGUUUGAGGGCGCUGUCACUCUGAGCGGACCAGUUGUGGAUCAAUUUAUAAAGUUCUACCAUACUUUCUGGGAACAGCGGGACGCGCCUGUGCUCCAGAGUGCGAGCAGCGAUCAGAAUGCGAGAGGCCACUCAAGUCACGAAGAUGGCAUCGAUAUCGACAGCAGUCAGAAGAGCUUGCUCAAAUCAUCGGUCCAGCUAUCAGCUUCCGGUAUCCGUACAGUCUUUCUACCGAGCCCGCACCGCAGGAAUCCACGCCUCCGCCCUUUCGCUUCUCCGGAUGCCGUCCUUGCCCCUCCGACACCGCUGAAUACGUUCCUGCUGACUCUGUUCGCAAAAGCAGAGAGGAGUAUACGUAUCCAGACACCAAACAUCACCGCGCCGCCCAUCCUGUCGGCACUCUUCAAAGCACUCGGCCGCGGCAUCGAUGUGCAGAUUCUGACUUCUGAACGACUAAUGGUUCUCGAACAACUCGUCACAGCUGGGACCACAACGUCACGCUGCAUCAAGAAACUGAUUAGGCGUUACCAGUUAUUGUCCUCAAGUUCACGCCGACCAUUGAGCGACGAAGAAGCAGCUAUCUCGCCACCAAGACCUGGUCGACUACGCGUGUCCUACUUUGAACCUCUCAACGGACCGAAGAAGAGAGGCCAAGAGGGUGGCGAACCGCAGCAAUCGCAUCUGAAGAUGACAAUCGUGGAUGACGAAGUGCUUGUCCUAGGGUCCGGGAACUUGGAUCGAGCGAGCUGGUUCACGAGUCAGGAGCUGGGAGUUGCGUUCUUUGAUAAGGACUUGGUGAAUUUGGUAGGAAGCGCAGUGAAUGAGGGUAUGCAGGGGAGGAGUAAGACUGUCUUUGAUAGUCACGAAUAA